AAAUAAACAAAAUCCCCAAAGCAACCAGUUUCUCUUCCUCUUCUUCUUCCUCUCGAUUUUUGGUGAGAGUUUUCAGUUUUGCUCAACAUUUGAUGAACUGCCAUUUGAUCUUUUAACACUUGGAAGUCUUUGUUUUUGCAGAUUCAUGAUUAUGAAAGAGCUCGUCGUUGCUGCUAAUGUCUCCACUGAAGCCCGGCUGAGAUCAACAGCGACAGAGUUCGAAAGAUACAGAUUCUUGUUCACUGAGAAGAACUCAAGCUGCAAAUUUGAGACCUUGAAGCUUACUCUGCUCGUCAUCAUUUGUUGCACACUUCUAUCUCUUGCUUUCUCCCCUGUAAUCCACAAAGAACAACAGCCCUCGUCGGAUUCAUCAUCAAGGUCCAGAUUUGUAGAUAUGGAGCGGAUUUGGCAAGAAACAGGCUCAGAUCCUCGAUACCUUUCUCAUGUAGAAGUCGAUUGGGUUCAGCUAUCUAAUCUUGUUAAUAACACGAAUCCAAGGAUUGGAUUGCUAAAUUUCAAUUCCAGCGAGGUGGGAUUCUGGCGGCGGACUCUGCCGGAAACAGUGGUUUCUCCGAUCGAACUGGAGUACGCUCCGACGAGCGUCACCUGGGAGAUUCUCUACCCGGAGUGGAUCGACGAGGAAGAAGAAUACCAUGUGCCUUCUUGCCCUUCUCUCCCUCAACCGAUACCAGAGGAGGGAUCAAAAUUCGAUCUUGUCGCCGUCAAACUGCCUUGCAAUAGAUCCGGCGGCGGGUGGUCGCGGGACGUGGCCAGGUUGCACCUCCAGCUCGCGGCCGCCAGAGUUGCGGCGGAUGCUGCGGCGGCUCGUGUGCGGGUGCUUAUCGUCAGCGACUGCUUCCCGAUUCCGAAUCUUUUCAGGUGCAGAGAUCUUGUUAAACGCGAGGGGAAUCUUUGGCUUUACGAGCCUAAGCCGGCAGCGCUGGAGGAGAAGCUCCGGCUUCCGGUCGGAUCGUGCGAGCUCGUCGUCCCUUUUGAAGCAAAAGAGAUAUCGCACACCGAAUUCGGCAGCCGGCGAGAAGCCUACGUGACCAUACUCCACUCAGCGGAGCAGUAUGUGUGCGGAGCCAUCGCCGCGGCGAAGAGCAUCCGAUUGGCCGGAUCGAAGAGGGACCUCGUCGUCCUCGUCGACAAGACGAUUGGCGAGGAGUACCGGCGCGGCCUUGCUGACGCCGGGUGGAAGGUCCGCAUGAUCCGUCGGAUUCGCAACCCGAAGGCGAAGCGCGACGCCUACAAUGAGUGGAACUACAGCAAGUUCCGGCUGUGGCAGCUCUCCGACUACGACAAGGUCGUCUUCAUCGACGCCGACCUUCUCGUCCUCCGCAAUGCCGACUUUCUGUUCUCGCUGACGGAGCUCAGCGCAGUGGGGAACGACGGGACUCUGUUCAACUCCGGCGUCAUGGUGGUGGAACCGUCGGAGUGCAUGUUCCGGCUACUGAUGGAUCACGUCGACGAGAUCACGUCCUACAACGGCGGCGACCAGGGGUACUUGAACGAGAUCUUCACAUGGUGGCACCGGUUGCCCAAAAGCGUCAACUACUUGAAGCACUUCGGCGGCGACGAACAGAGGAGGGCAAAGAAUGAGAGGUUAUUCGCGGCAGAUCCACCGGCGAUCUACCUGGCGCAUUACUUGGGACUGAAGCCGUGGCGGUGCUUCCGGGACUACGACUGCAACUGGAAUUUGAAGAGCUUUUGGAAGUUCAGCAGCGACGCAGCGCACGGGAAGUGGUGGCGGGUCCACGACGCGAUGCCGGAGAGCCUGCAGCAGUUCUGCCUUCUGUCGACGAAGGGGAAGGCGUUCUUGGAGUACAACAGGAGGCGGGCGGAGGCGGAGGGGUUUGCCGACGGACACUGGAGGAGGAACGUUACGGAUCCGAGGUCGGAGGUGUGCUCAGAGGCGUUCUGCGAUUGGGAGAGCAUGCUGGUGCAUUGGGGGGAGAACAGUUCGUCGACGGCCGGCGGCCGAGUUGACCGUGGUAAUCGCACGGCACCUCUGCAGAUCUGAAGGAUGUUAUGUAUCAUAGUUCUCUUUCUCGUACAUCAUGAUUUUUUUCCAUAUCUGUCUUUUUUAUUAUUAUUAUUAUUAUUAUUAUUAUUAUUUUUUAAUCUUGUGUAUUAGA